AUGGCAAAAAGUCAAAAAUCAAAAACGACCAAGGGCAAGAGUGCAGGGUCGAAAUCGUCGAAAAGAAGUAGCGAGUCAAGAAAAGAAAGAUCCAAGGCUGCGCUGGAAGCAGCAAAGAAGAGGCAUGCCGCAAAAAUCCGAAAGACAUACCAGGACGGCAUUGCACGCCUCCAGGCUGCAAUCAACCAGGACAUGACGGAAAGCAGGAAGAUCAAUGACAAGCUUGCGGAGCUUGCAGUUGACAGCAGCAAAAAAGCGCAUCAGCAAGCGGUCGAGGCGGCAGCGGAGAGGAAGGAGAUCCUCAGAAGACUCGAAAAGAAUAAGGAACUCGCCGAGAGCACCAAAGAGAAGAUAGAAUCAGCCGCGGCAGACAAGGCAUGCAAGGAGAUGGAGAAGAUGGAUGUCGACGAAGCCAGCAAGAACGAGACGACAAGCGAUGAGGACAGCAGUGAGUCCGGAAGUGAAUCGGACGGAUCCGAAUCGUCUGGUAGUGAAUCUUCGUCCGCAUCAGAGUCAUCGCCAUUGUCUGCAACAGGGGCAAAAAAGCGGAAGAAAAAAGGGAAGGGCGAGAAGAAGAACAAGAAGAAGCAAGGCGAGAAAGGAAAGAUCAAACUCAUCAGGAAGCACGGACGCGAGCGAAAGGGAGCGAGGCAGAGGGUCAGAUGGCUCGGAGGCCCGGCAGAGCCAAGACAAGCGAUCGAGCGAUCAGAACCGGGUUGGACAGUAUAG